AUGAUGACCUACAUUGGCUCGUUCCCGUUCUUGGAGGAUGCGCCUGCGAUCCUCGGGCUCCACGAGAUGAUCAUGGUAGUUACCAUACUAACGGAGAGGUACCGGCGAGUUCUCGCCGGAGGUUCGGUGGAUCGCCGAAAGCUGCUGUUCAAGAGUCUUGCUGUUUAUGACCGCAAACUAUCCAACAUCCACGGAGAACAAUCGGGCAGCGACACAGCGAAACUGGUACCACAUCGGUCAGCCAAGGAUAACAGUAGUGGUCAGGAAGCUUUCGAGGAGUUGCAACAUGGGUUCGCCGUUGACCAACCCGGGGACGAUGAGGCUUCUGGGCCAGACCAUGACGAUGACGGUGAUGAUGACUUGGUUCUUGCUGCCUUCAAUUCACUAGACUCCAUAAGUGCCUUCCGACAUGGCAGCCGACCUCCCGUUGAAGAUGCUGUGAUUCCGGCAGACAGCUGGAGAAGACUGCUUAUGCUGCUUCUCUUGACCGCGCCAUUGGGCGAGCAGGAAAGUUUGUCGUCUUACUCUCAACAACUCUCGGGCGACACCCUGCAAACACUAAGGUUGACAGCCAAUUCUGUGCUUGCUGCCUUCAUGACCAUGGGACAUUCUCCUGGCGUUCGUUUUUCUCGGUUCAACACUAUCAUUCCCGCAUCAAUGCCCUUUCUCUUCAAUGGCCUGAAUGCCCUCUUCGAGCAUUUUCUGUUCUCUAAGAACCUGGACUUUACGAAGCACAAGAAUGACCAGUUGGGUCCCAAGCUGGUUCAACCACUGUUAAACGAGUCCGGGUCUAUCAUGAAUCCAAUCCUUCUCUCGCAGAUAUCUUUCUUCAUACCCGGCUCAUCUAUCUUCCGGAAAGUCCGUCUUUUAUAUUCUGGUGAUGAAGACGGGUUUAGCAUGGGCAGCUUUGAAACAAAGGUUUUCAACUGGCGAGCCCCUACCAUCUUCCUUGUAAGCGGGACUCGUAUUUCGGAUCAAGAAAUCCAAACAGGCACAAAGCCAUCGUCAGCAUUCCUCGCUUCCCUCCCCUCGAUGCGCUUUCCAUGUGGAAGCAACCAUAAGGAUGAAACGUUGAUCUUUGGUGUGUAUCUGACUCAGCCAUGGAAACAUACAUACCGAGAAUGCUUUGGCAACGAGGACACGUUAUUAUUCCAGCUCAGUCCAAUCCACGACGUCUUCCGCCCAUCGACUUUGAGCAGAGAUUAUGCAUGGUUUGCUAAGCCAUCAACAGCAUACUCCUUCGGCGGAAUUUCAUUCGGUUGCCCUCCGCCAAAACAGACACAAGCUUCUCGCCGGGCAGGAACGAUCCCGCUGGGCCCUAUCUCCUUGGCCUUGGACGACAGUUUUGAGUUCGGCUGUUUUACCCACCAAUUCACAUCGGGGGGUGGAGCAUUCCGAGCGAGCGUAGCCAGAAGGUUCGAUUUCCAGGAGUGGUUUGAGAUAACAAAUGUCGAGGUUUGGGGCUGCGGCGGGGACGAGGAGGCCAAAAUCCAAGCCGAACGAUGGGCGUGGGAGGCCAGAGAAGCAGAGGCAAGGCGAAGGGUAAAUCUUGGUAAAGGAGAUAUUGAAGCUGACCGCGUCUUGUUGGAAAUGGCCGGGUUAUUAGGAGGACAUAGAAGCGGCGGGAGUAUGGGAUGA